GAUAUCUGGACAUAAGCAAAUCUGAGCGCGGAUUUACUGUUAUAAAUCUCCAUCUAUUCUAAGCUGCAAACCUGUGCAAUAAUUCAAGUACUGAUCACGUCGCGAAGGGUUACCUUAUGUAGCAGGUCUGCCAGUUUCUCUGCUAUAAAAGCUGGUGACCGACAUGUGUUCUACGUCAGUGAAUCAUCUUCAACCCAGAAUGAAGGCCGUUCUGAUCUUCUGUGUGGUGGCUGUGGCCGCGGCCGACAAGUCAGCGAGAAUUGCCAACCAUCAGUAUGGCAUCGAGGAGGACGGCUCAUACCAGUCCAACUACGAGACAACCAAUGGCAUCAGGGCCCAGGAAGACGGCAUCUCCUACCCCGGCAACAUCCCCGAGUCUGGCAACUACGUGAGGAGCGGCUCGUACUCGUACGAAUGGGAGGGCGUCACCUAUACGGUCACGUGGACGGCCGACGAGAACGGCUUCCACCCGGAGGGUGACCACCUGCCCGACUUCAGCCACACCCGCGAACAUAUCGGAGGCAUCGAAGAACACCUCUGAACUGCUAUAUUGGUUCCAUAAUCGAAUGCCUGUUGCCGAUCAAAAAUAAAAGUCUGUGAUGAAUUAUCUAUGCAUACUAAACUGAAU